GUCAGCUGCCUCUGCUACAUGGAGAGAAGCCUUCAAAAUCAACAGGCCUGCUUUGAAAAAGACCAGGGACUGGACUGAUCUACUACCCGGAAACAGAGUAAGGUGAUCUGUGCUUGUGGGUUCAGAGCAAUAGCAAGGCUUAGGGUUUAUUGACUUUGAGUUGGUGUGACAGACAAGCAUAUCUUACCGUGACUAAUUAGGUUAGAAAAUCCCUUUUUUUUUUUUCACUUACCAUCCUUUUUGUUCAUUGUUUGAACCAGAAGAAAAUAUCCACUCCUGAAAAGGGAAAAAAACAUUAAACCCUACUCUGGAAGUAUGGAUAGUAUCUGGCAGUCAAUCUCAGCACUGUUUCUGUAUCUGAGCUCAUGGGUAGAGCAUGGCUUUUGCCUUAUUCAGUACAGUUUAGGGUUCAAGGAUGCAUUAACAAGGGUUAAAAGGAGACUGAGCAAGCUUGGAGUGUGGGGUCACUCUAAUGCUAACACAGUGAGAAGUGAGUCUAAUGGCAGUCAAUCAGAGAUGUGGAAAAUGGAUCUGGAAUCCAGGACUUAUCAUUACCAUGGCAAUGGACCAAUGGUUGCCGUGCAGACCAGCACACACAUGUUCUAUGCUGAUCUGGAGAGGCUGGCUGAAUGUAGUGAAUACUUCAGGGCUCUGUCUCAUUCCAGCAUGAAAGAAACAGCAGAUCAUCUAGUGAAUCUGGCACACGUGCCCUCCAGAGUGUUCCACAGCCUCUUGCAGUUCUGCUUCCUACAGAACUUUUCAGUUCCAGAGAACCUCCUAGAGGAGCACUUGCGUGUGAGCAUGUAUCUGCUGAUCCCAGGCUUCACCGGUCACCUGCUGGCAGCUGUCUCUGAGGCCCUCACAGAGCACACAUACCUGGCUUACCUACAGCUGGCCGAAGAGCUGUGCAGUGUUGAGCUGCAGGAGACCGUGCUUGCCUUCCUGAGCACACAUCUUUUGGAGCUCCCUCACCUGAGCAGGAACUUGGACCUCUGUCUGCAGCAGCAUGUCCUCCACAUCCGGUCACAGGGCACACCACAGCUCUGCUGCCUGAGGAAAGAGAACCUGAACAAGCAGGAAACAGAAGCUGCAAGGAAGCUUUUUAGACUGGAUGAGGAUGAUGGAAAAUGGACAUGUAUUACAGGUCUGCCCUUCAGUGCAGAUAAGUGGUGCUUCACCACAGCAGUUCUGUUUAACUACCUCUACUUAAUAGGGGGGUACAGUUACCGUGUGAAAAGAGGAUAUGAAUUCAAGAUGGCCUCCUUCCGUUACAAUCCCUUAACAAAUAAAUGGGUAUCAAUUGCCCCUCUCAUCAAGCACCGGCGCCACUUCAGUACGGCAGUGUGUGGGGGGUGUAUCUAUGCUGUGGGGGGCUGGUACCUGGACUCACUGGUUACCCCGGACUCCAGCACAGGCAUGUAUAUGGCAGUGGAGAAGUACAACCCAUGGGAGGACUCCUGGACCUUUGUCUCCUCCCUUCCUCUCUCAGACCUCCAAUUCACCCUUUCCCUCUCCCAUGACUCCCCUCUUACAACCAGCCUAGGGACCUGCCUCUAUGUCCUGGGGAACAUCCAGAAGACUGGGGAAAAACUUGUGUUACGUUAUGACACCACACAAGACUGCUGGAGCGAGUUACUCCCCACCCUCACUCGCAUUGAUGCUGAUAUCCCCAGCCUCCACUUCCUCGGUGCCACUGACAGGUUGGUCGUGAUUGGUGGGAACAAUGUUGAAACUGUAGCAACAUCCUUCUGUGUGGACACUCUGCAGUGGGGUCAGAUCAGAAGCAUGCAGAAGACCAAUCUGAUAGGUCAAGGCACAGUGCUCAACGAUGAUGUUUACAUGUCUGGAAGUCAGCAGGGCUCAAUUUUUCGGUUAAACCUCCAUUCUCUGACUCUCUGUCCCCUCCCCUCUCUCCCUGUCCCCACCUGCUAUGAGAGCUUUUUCCACCUCAUUUUCUGAAGCAUGCACAAGGCCAGGACAUAGGUGCGCACAGCAAGGAUGUAAUUUGGACACUUGAGCAGAGUCGUUUGAAGGACACCAGAGUCACACUGAGGUCCACAGCUACCUUCUCCACAGGGAGUUCCUGAG